AUGGCUUCUCAAAGCUACACCUCGACCUCUCGAGCUAAUAUUAAAUCCCCUAAUGUAUCCGACGCGACCCCCAACUUCGCCGAUUCAAGCUUCGAUCCAGCUGAAUUCCUCAACGAAUCCCUUUCUCCAUUGACGGUCGCCUCAUCACAACUCAAUGCCUCUCGAACACCCGGCUCUGUGCCGUUGACUGAACUAUCAGCCCAAGUGCAGUCGCUCCUGUCACAGAUCAGCGCCCAGAACGUCCGUUUAUCCAGCACAUUGUCCCAGCUGAGCGAUGAAAUUCUGCGCAGCGGUGGCCGUCUUGCGUACGAGGUAGAAGUAUUACGAGGAGAAACUAUUGGCUUGUCCGAAACCUUGACCGAAGUAUUGCGAGACGAUAUCACCAAGUUCAUUCCAGACUCAAAUACAACUCUCCCUUCAACUGCCGAGAAGACCGCAACCGAAGCUGCGACAGAGGAUACUACAUCUACCAAGGAGGACGAGGUGGAGGUCACAGAACCUGUACAGAAGAAGGAUGCGAUUGCGGACCCGGAAUACAUUACAAACCUACGCACUCUGAAUCAAGUCCGCUCGCGACUAGAGGACGUGGUUCAAACCUUCGGCGACGCUAUGGAGUGGCCUCUACCACCCUCGGAAAUCUCUUUCUCAUCAUCUUUUAUAUCUGUCUCUGGACCCGACAUCACUGUAGAUGGCAGUGACCAAGAGGAAAAAGGCCAGGAGGUUAUGAAGAAGCUACGAACAGAGAUAUUGGAACUGUUGGACAGUGCCGGGAGUGGCCGUGCUGGAUUGGAUGCAGCCACCCGCCGUGUGGAGACACUACGGACAUUGGCAACUGUAUGGAAAGGCUCGGCGGAGGAGAAGGCGCGUCAGCGAUUUGUGGACAAUCUCGGUCGUCUGGUGGAUGAGAGGCGACGCAAUCUUGAUCAUCAUAAGGCGAUGGCUGAGCAAAGCCAGCGUGGCUCAAAGUCAAGAUCGGAACCAAGACGAGAUGGGGAUAGUGGAGUAGCAGGAGGUGGGCUAUUCCGCAACCUGCAGCGAUUAAAGGAAGAAAUCUACCUGGAGUAG